AUGACGCUGUCGUCGUCGUUAAUGACUGGAUGCCGAAUGCUCCCGUCCCUAAGCUUUCCUAAGGCCACUGGGAUGAGCGUGAGGGGAAGCCGCCCGCUUCUAGCAGGAGGCGGGCACCGCACGGUCCUUGUCACCUCGUGCUAUCGUUACCAGCUCCGUGGCCGUCAGCUCCCGGGAUUGGCCCGUUUUUCACAUGCCACAUUGGAGUGUAACACCCCUGCCAAGUUUUCCAAGGUCCACACAGCCCUGGAGGCUCCCACACUGCGGUUCAGCCUCUGCGCGGCGGCCUCGCAGUGCCCCCUGGCGGUCAGCCCGAGGGACGGCGCCCGAAAUCUACUGGCGGCCGGGGGUGGGGGGUUUUCCAGCCAGAAAGUGUCUGUGGUUCGGGGGAAGAUGAGAUUGGAGAUGGGCAAAGACUUUUGUUUUGAGGAAAGGGAGGUGAAUUCUGCCAGUUCUCUACAGCUGGGAAAACAAUUCAGCUUUGAGUUCAAGAACUCUGUACACAACUUGAGCAAAACACAGCAGACCAAACUCACUGUGGGCAGACUGGGAUUAGGCCUGAUCAUCAUCCAGCAUGGGCCCUACCUCCAGAUUUCCCACCUCAUCAAAAAUGGGGCUGCAGCCAAGGACCGGAGACUCAAGCCAGGUGAUGUUCUGAUUAGUGUUGGCCAUGCCAACGUAUUAGGAUAUACUCUUCGAGAAUUUUUAAAGCUUUUGCAAAAUAUCACCAUAGGAACAGUGCUACAAUUCAAGGUUUACCGAGAUUUUAUUGCUAUACCCCAAGAAUGGCAAGAAAUAUAUGAUUUAAUCCCUGAAACCAAAUUCCCAGUGACACGUACACCAAAGAAAACUGGGAAGGCAAAAGAUGAAUUUUUCUCAAGCCCUGAUGACAACAAAGAUGUAGUUUUAGAUAAAAAACUUAAAUUUUACAGAUAUUCACAGUCACUUGGGCCUCACCCUGCAAGAAGACCAGUAUCUAUCUCCAGAGAAUGGCAUGGGUAUAAAAAGGAGAACCAAACUAUUAGUGUUGGAAAAAACAUCAACUGUGAUGUGAUAAUUCAUGGAGAUCAUAAGAAAGAAGUGAGAGCCCCAUCUCCAUACUGGACCAUGGUGAAGAACGAAAACCAAAGCUCCUCUUCCUCCGUCUCCUCCACCUCAGAUGCAUUUUGGCUGGAGGACUGUGCCCAAGUUGAGAAGGGCAAAAGUCAACUGGCAUCAAAGGUUAGGCAAUAGUUUACAAAGUGGGGUUGUAUGAACAUUUUUUAAAAACACCAAAUUUUUGUGCCUUGCCAAGUUUGCAAGAAUUCUUCAGGAAUUAUGUGCAGACUUAUCAAUUCUUUUUCAUGACUGUGGAAAAGCCUUUAGAGACCUUCUUCAGUGAGAAAGUGAAAGACUUCCUGGGGUUUCACAGAUCUUGUUCUCAAAAUAGCAAUUCAGGUCAUGAAGACCCUCCUUUCUGAGAAUUUCCCAUCUUUUAGAAAAUAUGGUAGAAGAAACCAUUAUCAGAAUAUAUAAACAUGGUAGAGAACUUCUUUUUAAGGUAAAUACCAUAUUUUCUUUUGAUAUUUAGAUUAGAUUCUUUGGGUAAUUAUUCAUAUUAGCAACCCUUCAGCCCUACUGUUACUUUCAGUGUUGGCCUGAUAGUUAACUAUGUGAAAGAGACAGGAUUGAAACAGAUGAGAAAUAGAAGAGAAAAAUAAAAACUGCCACAGUGAAAAUAAAUCAGAAAUAUAAAGUAACAAUUACAUGGCAUAUGAUUCAUAGGAAAUUUAUGUUUUUCAGAAAUGAUUUCAUUGUAAAAAAAGGCAAAGAGGGUAAACUCAGAUCACUUAAUUGUUGUAUCCAAAAUGACAGAUUUUUAAUUUGUUUUCAUCUUAAAAAGUCACCAAUAAUAAUCUGGAAAUUUUUACCCUGGUAGUUGCUUAGCCUUAAUUUUAAUAGUGUCCGAUGCUUCUUAAUUGAAGUACCAAAUUAUUACAUUCCUGCCUCCUUUCAGACAUCUAAAACAAAGAUGUAAAAAAAAAAAAAACAAAAAACAAAAAACAA